UAUGCUCCGUCCCUCCUACUACGCAGAACAAACGCUAUAUUCAUCUGCUCCAGCUUGCAGUUGCUGAAACUCCCUGCAGGAACUCCUGGGUACUUUUCCCCACCGUCUGAGCUGCUGAACACAAUGCCAUUCAUGCCACGGGGCGAAAACAGGCGAAGCGCCUGCUCCGUUAACCCAACAAUGUGGAGAACAUGCAGUAUUUUUUGCGCAUGGAGUCUACUGUUAUUGACAGAGGUCUGUGCGCAGUCUCAGCGGAGACCAAUCUUCACAUGCGGCGGAAACAUCACAGGGGAAUCUGGAGUAAUCGGGAGCCAGGGGUACCCAGGAGUUUACCCUCCAAAUACUAAAUGUGUGUGGAGAAUCACAGUCCCUGAGGGAAAAGUGGUGGUCCUGUCAUUCCGCUCUAUUGACCUGGAGAGUGACAACCUUUGCCGCUAUGACUAUGUGGAUGUUUACAGUGGUCAUGUCAGUGGACAGAGACUCGGUCGCUUCUGUGGCACGUUCAAGCCAGGAGCCUUGGUUUCCACAGGCAACAAGAUGCUCAUGCAGAUGGUAUCUGAUGCCAACACCGCUGGGAGUGGUUUCUUGGCUGUUUUCUCUGCUGCCCAUCCACAUGAGAGAGGGGACCAGUACUGUGGAGGCAGAUUAGACAAGCCCUCUGGGUCUUUCAAAACACCCAACUGGCCUGAGAAGGACUACCCAGCUGGCGUCACCUGCUCCUGGCACAUAGUGGCACCAAAGAACCAGAUUAUUGAAGUGAAGUUCGAGAAGUUUGAUGUGGAAAGAGAUAACUACUGCCGCUAUGACCACGUCUCCAUAUUCAACGGGGCGGAAAUCAACGACGCCAAGAGGAUUGGAAAAUACUGCGGAGACAGCCCCCCAGCGCCAGUCUUCUCUGACGGAAACCAGCUCCUAAUCCAGUUCCUGUCAGAUCUCAGUCUAACCGCAGACGGCUUCAUUGGACACUACAAGUUCAGACCCAAGAAAUUUCCCACCACCACAAUACCACCCACCACUACCACUCAGCCAGCCACCACCAGGCCCAUACCCCUGAAGUACUCUGUAGCCCUGUGCCAGCAGAAAUGCAAAAGACGGGGAACAAUUGAGAGCAAUUACUGCUCCAGCAAUUUUGUGAUAACUGGGACUGUCAUUACCGCGGUGAUGAGAGGAGGAAGUAUGUAUGCCACUGUCUCUAUCAUCAACGUGUAUAAGGAAGGAAGUCUGGCCAUCCAGCAGGCAGGAAAGACCAUGAGCACCAAGAUCAUUAUCCUGUGCAAGAAGUGCCCAUUUAUCAGAAGAGGCUUGAACUACAUCUUCAUGGGCCAGGUGGACGAGGAGGGCCGGGGGAAAAUCGCCCCUCACCAUUUCGUCAUGGCGUUUAAGACGAAGAACCAGAAGGGACUCAACGUCCUGAAAAACAAGCGUUGCUGAGUUCCAGUAGCACUGAGGAUCUCCACUGGACUGGUGUGCCUGAGGCUCAGCUGUGGAUGGAAACAAUUAAGCAAAAAAAAAAAAAAAAAAAACGAAAACAAACACAAUCUCCAUCUCAACAACACAAACACAAGUCACGAAACAGAAUGGGGAUGUUGAGCUGCCAGAGAAAAACACAGAAUCUACAUGAUUGAUUAAAUUAAGGGCAACUGAGAUUUUUUUGGCUUUGUUAAGUUUGCUGCAUAAAAAAUAAGAAAAUAUCAAAUUCCUUCAUUGUUGAGAGAUUGCAUGUUUCUGGAAUUCAUGAGAAGACAUGAAGUGCUUCCACUCUGUCUUCUAUUAAGAGACCAGUUAGUUAAAUGUUCCGCAACCACAUAUUAAUCAGCAAUAAAGUUAGCUGAAAUUUCCAUCACUAGUCUCAGCUCAUUCUCACUCUGCCUGCUCACAUUCCUGUCAUGCCCCUAGCAGGGAAUUAAAUUGUAGCCAGAGAGUAACAGGAGCUCAGAAUAGGGAGCUUGGCAAUUCAUAGAGACGUGUUUCAUAAGUCAUUAAUCAAAUUGUUUCAAACUUUCAGUAUGCAUCUAUUUCAAAUUCUUCCAUAUUCUGCCUUUCAAUGAUGUCUUCCUUUGAGGCUGUAGAGCGCAAUAUGAAUAAAGAUUGGAUUAAAUAUUAUUUAGUAUGUAUUAAACAAAGCUAUUUGCCUGGCAGGAUAGUCUUAAAUUUCUAAAAAG